AUGGAAGGGACACAAGAAACGACAAAGACAGUUUUUCCAUCAUCAACUACUUGCACCAUCGUUUCCUGUCUUGGGUUGUUUUGUGUUUCCAAGUGUGGAAUCAGAGGCUCAAGUUCUGUUGCUGCUGAUUCUGGUGUGAUCCCUUCGGCCAAGUCAGGAGUCGAGGAAAAUACCUUAAAUGCCUUCCCUAUUGUAAAAUACGCAAGCGAGUUGAAACUGCCGAGCCUUGACACCGCUUGUGCUAUAUGCUUGUCCAAGUUCACUGCUGGGGAGCAUCUUCGGAUUUUGCCGAAGUGCAACCAUGGAUUUCAUACUCCAUCCAGGCAGAGUCCCUCCCGCUGUGUUAAGCUUUGGCCUGCAAUGCAACAGGAGACCAGCUGCAGUUCAGCACAACACCAGCAGCAACACUGCUUGAAGUGCAGCAUUGAAGCUGAACCAAAUGCAGCAAUCGGUUUUGAUCAUUUUGUUCCUAUGUAA